AUGUCGAGCCCUCUAGCCAAGGUCCUGCAUAGGAUGCAGGCGCUCUUCUCGAAUAUCGUCGCCGCUCUGGAGACUAUGCUAUUGCUUCCGUCGCUAUUCCGUGAUCCCUCGCGCCGAGGAGGAAAGUCAACUCAUGCAGCUUUCUGGCGACGACGGGCCCUCGACGCCUUUGCCGACGAGAUCGACAUCGUCUUUUCCAAGCCUUUGACUCUGAGAAAUAUGCUUACAAUGUCUGAGAAGAUCCGCGAGCAGUUCAGGAUAGGUCUAGCCUCCAGUCCAAUCAACAUGCUGCCAUCUUAUAACCAUGCUCUACCGUCUGGACUAGAGAAAGGCACAUUUCUCGCUCUUGACGUUGGCGGUUCAACGAUGCGAGUGGCGUUGAUAGAACUGCGGGGACAAGGACAGAUGGAAGUCCUCCGUGUGUCCUCGUCACCAAUUGACAACCAAGUGAAGUUGUUGAAAGGCACUUCGUUCUUUGACUGGAUGGCCGGAAAGAUCGAAGAGAUGCUUCUCGAGGUGGGCACCAACUACGGGCGUGAAGCGACCCCCAUUUCCAUGGGCUUGUCAUGGUCUUUCCCAAUCGAGCAGACUUCCAACAGUAGUGGAUUGGUCAUCCAUAUGGGCAAAGGCUUUCAGUGCUCCAUGGGAACUGUCGGGCAGGAACUAGGAGCCCUUAUAGUUCAGUCAUGCCAGAAGCGUAGCCUCAAUGUCCGAGUGGACGCUAUUGUCAACGACAGCUCCGCCACAUUGCUCUCUCGGGCCUACGUCGACCCCGCAACACGCAUGUCUCUCAUUCUCGGAACCGGGACGAAUGUGGCCAUACAUUUCCCUGUUCAUGCUGUUGGGCUCGGCAAGUUUGGUACAAGGCCAGCUGGCUGGUUCAACUACGCUAAGCAUGUCAUCAUCAACAGUGAGAUGAGCAUGUUCGGUGGUGGGGUUUUGCCGAUGACACGAUGGGACGACAUCCUCAACUGCACGCACAUGAGACCUGGCUACCAACCACUAGAGUACAUGGCCACGGGACGUUACCUAGGUGAGAUCGUGCGACUCAUUAUUGUCGAGGCAGUGGAGGCUGCACAACUUUUCGGAGGAGAGCUACCUCAUUCGAUGCGAGAUGCCUAUUCAUUCGACACCAGCAUUGUUGCCUUCAUUGAAGCCGAUUCAUCGCCGUUCCUUUCCUCAUCAGCCACUCUUCUCCAAAAGGAGCAUACAUUCUCUAGCGCCCCAUCCCCAGAGGACAUGCAAUUCCUCCUGCGAGUCUGUCGAACCGUUUCCAAGCGGGCAGCAGGAUAUCUUGCUACCGCGAUUCACAGCAUGUGGUGCCUGCGCAACGAAGCCGAGUCCCCCGACAUUUCUUCAUCGCCAUCACUCAAGGAGCCUCGCGAGGUAACAAUCACAGAGAGUGGAAGCAACCCCAAUUGCCUGUCCAUCGCGUGCGACGGCAGCGUCAUCAACAAGUACCCCGGGUUCAGAGAUCGCUGCCAGACUUACCUCAACCAGCUGACGCGGGAGACAAACUCGUCCAUGGGUUUGCAGAUCUCGGACAACGGUCCAUGCAUACGACUGGAGCCUGCUCCUGACAGUGCCAUUGUGGGCGCAGCUGUUGCGGUUGCAGUUGCAGUGGCUGAGAAGCCCGAAUAG